ACUCGUUCUGCUUGUUGGUUACAUUGUAUUCGCUCCCCUCAGCAUUGAAAGAUAAACAGCAAUUAGAUAUUAGAGAUUCAGCGAAAUCAAGUCCAGUAAUAAAACUGGUGGAAACCACCGGAAUAUCGGAAUUUACAAUUCGGACUACAGAAAGGAUGUGCUAUAUUUCCAACCAGGCUUGAAACUUAAUUUGAAAUGCCCAUCGUAACCGGUAUAUUUCAAUUUUUAACAGGAUCUCAACGUGUGAUGAUGGCUGCAGUCCAGUGAAUUGGCAUUUCCUUMUCUCUGCUGUUGGGAUUUCUUGGGAGCGCGUUGAUUGAUUUGUCUGUGAAUUUUAGCACGUUGGGGGUCAUCAAAGUGGUUUUACCUUUACUAUCAGGAUCUAUGGAGUGUACAUAAACAUUCGUUGGAUUGGUGUUGGCAAGUGGGGGCAACAAUGUGGGUUACUGGGAAGGGGAUACCGAGAAGACCCUAAAGCUGCUGUAACCCUUCUCCCACUGCCUCCAGUAGUCUGAGAAGGUCAGACUUAACUGUGGCGCGCCUGGGCCGCUGGCACUAAGAUGUCCCUAAGCAGUGGCACUGCAGGCGGGAAAGGUGUGGACUCUAAUGCGGUGGACACUUAUGACAGCGGUGACGAAUGGGAUAUAGGUGUUGGCAAUCUGAUCAUUGACCUUGACGCAGACCUAGAAAAGGACAAACUUGAGAUGUCUGGCACUAAAGACGGUGGGGGCAUGGCUGCCCCUCCCAGCGCUGUAGCAGCUCUACCCGACAACAUAAAAUUUGUUAGCCCCGUACCCGCUGCUCAAGGUAAAGAGAGUAAACCCAAAUCCAAGCGAAGUAAGAACUCAAAGGAAAGUGGCAAGGCCUCGGUUACAGACGGGGCAAAGAAAGAGGCCCAGGUGCGAACCCAGGGCGAGGUUACGGGACCCGGCAUUGGCACAGGUCCCACAACAAACACCAACUCUGGAAAGGGUGCUGAGAAAAGCAGCAAAGCCUCCCGUAAUGUUCCUAGUGGAAAGAAAGACAAGGAGGUGGGCUCUGGGAAAAGUAAGAAGGAGAAAAGUGAAGUUGUGGCUACAGGAGUGGCUAAUACUGAGAAGGAGUUAGGUGCCCCAAAUCUGCCUUUGGGGGGCCCUCGUAGCGUCCCAUUUGAGGGUACGCAAAAUACAGACUUGGCUGUGGCCGAACCACUUGGGAAUAUCGCCCUGGAUUCCACAGGGAUUGUUGUACCACCGUUAGCCAUUAAAAGUGAUCCAGAAGAGAUGGACAACAGUGAAUGCAGAAACCUGAAGAAAGUGAAAAGUGAAAAGAUGGAGUCUCUGGUCUCCACACCCAGCCCUCCACCCCUGCAUCUCCUGGCGCCGGUGGGCAACCGCAGCGAAAGCAUCGCCUCGCCCUGUGAGCAGAUCAUGGUGCGCACUCGCUCAGUGGCGUCCAACACGACGGACGUGGCCCUGGCCACUGAUCCCGAGUGCCUGGGGCCCUGCGAGCCCGGGACCAGCGUCAACCUGGAGGGUAUCGUCUGGCAGGAGACCGAGGACGGUAUGCUGGUGGUAAACGUGACCUGGAGAAACAAAACCUAUGUGGGAACCCUCCUUGACUGCACAAGGCACGACUGGGCCCCGCCAAGGUUCUGUGAGUCCCCCACCAGCGACUUGGAGAUGAGGAACGGCCGGGGCCGGGGGAAGAGGAUGAGGCCUAACGGCAACACGCCUGUCAACGAGAACAGCAACUCCUCAGACAACAAAGGCAGCGGCACCAGCAAGACGCGCGCCGCCAAUAACAGCAGCAAGAGCCGGCGGGGCAGCCAGACGUCGUCGGAGCGCCGCACACCGCCCAACAGCAACACGGAGGAUGUCAAGGCCAGCUCGUCGUCGGCCAACAAGCGCAAGAACAAGCCCGCCUCGGACAUGGAGCCAAACUCCAGCUCUGAGGACACCAAGGGCAGCAAGCGCAUGCGCACCAACUCCAACAGCGGGCCCAGAGGAGUGCCCCACCUGCCCCACAUCGUCCUCCCCAGCAUUCCCACCAUUAAGGCAGAGCCCCUUCCCCCGCCACAACUCGACCGCAACUGCCCUUCGCCGGUGCUCAUCGACUGCCCGCACCCCAACUGCAACAAGAAAUACAAGCACAUCAACGGCCUCAAGUACCACCAGGCCCGCGCCCACAACGACGAUGACAUGAAGUUGGACAUGGAUGGGGACAGUGAGUACGGAGAGGACUCCACUCUCCACCCCGAUCCGGGCAGCUGCAACGGUGCCUCCAUCUCUCAGAAGGGCUGCUUGUCCCCGGCCCGCUCAGUCACACCCAAGGGCAGGGGCUUCGAGGCCCAGACUCCAUCGCCCUCCUCUGGGAAGUUUGGCUCCAAGCAGAGUAAAAAGAAGCCCUGCGAGGCCGACCCAGAGGCAGUUGGCAUGGCCAUAGACGGCUGCGAAGACGGGCCCUGCCUAACAGAUGAGGCCAGCAAUGACGGCAUGGACGACAAGAAAGACAGGGCCAAGAAGACGGGUAGCGGCUCCAAGGUGGACAAGCUGUCCCAGAAGGGCAUGAAGUCAGCGCGUCCCAUCGCCACUGCCAUACCACCUCAGCAGCUGUACUCCCUACAGACGGCCGGCGGCUUCCUUGCAGCCAGCCCCGGCUCCACCCCUGCCUUGGGCUCAGUGGUUCAGUCCAUUCCCAAGAGCCCGCAGCUGAAAGCCAUCCAGCCCAAGCCCUCGGCCCCGGGAGACCCCUCGUCUGUGAACCCAGCUCUGAGCGGCUCGAAGGACAAGAAGAAGAAAGACAAGAAGAAGAAAGAGGCGGGAAAGGAGGGAGACAGCCCCAAAGGGCUAGGGAAAGGGGGGAAGCCGGAAGAAGGCAAGAGCCCAUACUCUGAAUCCUCGGACCCGGGGAGCAAAGGUGAUGGACUCCUGAAUGGCUCAUCGGACCCCCACCAGAGCCGGCUGGCCAGCAUCAAGGCAGAGGCGGACAAGAUCUACAGCUUCACCGACAACGCCCCCAGUCCAUCCAUCGGUGUGGCCAGCAGGAUAGAGGCUGGAGGCAUGGCCCAACCCCUCACCCCGCUCCACGUGGUCACGCAGAACGGAGCCGACAAUUCCUCAGUGAAGACCAACAGCCCGGCCUACUCGGACAUCUCAGAUGCGGGCGAGGACGGCGAAGGUCGGGUGGAGGGCGCCAAGGGCAUCAAGUCCGAGGAGCAGGCUAUCCGAGAGGGGGCCAAGAAGGCCCUGUUCCCCGCCCAAACGCCCAGCAAGGAGUCCCCCUACUACCCCGGCUACGAGACCUACUACUCCCCGAACUACGCCAACCCCAACCCCAGCCCGGGGGUGUCGGUCACGGGGGCCACACUGCAGGAGGGGGCCCAGGUCAAGGUAAAGAAAGAGGAGCAGGAGGAGCCAGGCGAUGAGGACCGUAAGGUCAAGCAGGAGCUGCAGGAGGACCGUAAGCCUGAGAUGGGUGCCUCUGGACCGGGGCAACAGCAGCAGGCCUCAGUCAUCCAGCAGCGCUCCAACAUGUAUAUGCAGCCUCUCUACUACAACCAGUAUGCCUACGUUCCCCCGUACGCCUACCACCCGGACCAGGCCUACCACAACCACCUGAUGAACACUAACCCAGCCUACCGGCAGCAGUACGACGAGAGGCAGCGGCAGGCAGCAGCCGAGCAGCACCGCGCCGCCGAGAAGAAAUCGGACGCUGCUGGAAAGGACAGGGAUCGAGAGGGCUCCUCGGGGAAGGAGCAAAGUGAGGAAUGGAAGCAGAAGGCUUCGGUGCCCCCCACCCUCUCCAAGGCCCCCAGUCUCACAGAUUUGGGCAAAGGAGGGCCACCCCAGGGCAAGCUGUCCAAAGAUCCCUCGUCUUCCUUGGAGCAGGCCAAGUCAUCGGUCAUCAUGCCCAAGGGUGAGGAUGCCAAGGCACCGGCCCAGCAGGCCGAGGGGCUGAAGAUGAAGCUGAGCGAGGGAGGGCACCAUGGGAAGAGGGAGGAGCUCAAGGCGGGCAUGGAGUCGGGCAGGCCCUCGGCCAUGGAGCAGGGCAUGUGGUACAGACAGGAGCCUGACUCUCGGCUGUGGCCUUACGUUUACCCCAGCAAGUACCCUGAUGCCCAGAAACCACAGGACGAGGAGCGGUGGAAAGAGGAACGCGACAGGGAACGGGAAAGAGACCGAGAUCGAGCAGACCGAGAGAGGGACAGGGACCGAGACAACCGAGACAGGGAACGGGACCGAGACAGAGACCGAAAGGGCAAGGAGGGCAGGGAUGAGAGGGCUCGGUCCAAAGACGCCACCCCCAAGGAGGAGAUCAAAGAGGUGGCUGAGCCCCGGUCGUCGUUGGCGGCCUCUGAGGAGCACCGGGGGAUGGUGAAGGACCCGAGGGCCACUGCUGCCCACAUGCAGUUCUCCUCUCCUCUGGCCCAGCACCAGGGCUACAUUCCCUACAUGCACGGAGCCUACGGCUACGGCCAGGGCUAUGACCCCAGCCACCCGGGCUACCGCGGGAUGCCCUCGGUCAUGAUGCAGAACUAUCCUGGUUCCUACUUCUCCUUCUCUCCCUAUGGCAGUAAAAUGGGGCCAGGCGAAGAGGGCGGCGAGAAGGCGUCGCGCGCCAGCCCCACGGUCAGCGGCAAGUCCGCCUCGGAGGCCAAGGCCCUGGACAUCCUUCACCAGCACGCCAGCCAGUACAAGAGCAAGUCGCCGACAGUCGGCGACAAAACCCCCUUGCACGAACGGGAACGGGAGCGCGCCGCUUCCGAACGAGACCGAGACAUGGACCGGCCGCGCUCCUCGCCCUCGCAGCGCAUCCUGCCUUCCCAUCACCACCUGGGCUACCCGCUUCUCUCGGGGCAGUACGACCUGUCCUAUGCCACAGGUCUCUCCUCAUCAGCCAUUGUUGCUAGUCAGCAAGCCUCCGCCCCCUCCAUGUACCCCCCUGCACGGAGGUGAGAAUGGGAGACCUGAUUGGCUGACCUCAACCUUGCCUGGAGCCAUGUGACUGGAUCACAUGAGGAAGCGUGCUGCGGCGCUCGUUUUUAGACAUCAGUUCAAUGGUGUUUGUUGUACUUUUAGUUGAUUUUGCCUGGUUGUUCCGGCUGAUCUGGUUCCUCCUCCCUCAGCUUCAUUGGUGGCCACCCCCACAGCAAGGCUUCCUGGGGCUUGGUUGAGGGCUCACCGAGCCCACCUCCUCUGGUACCGCGCGGUCAACCAACCACCCACCCAGCCAGUCCAUUGACUCCUUUGCACUGCUGAGACAUUCACAGGAAGGACUAAAAGGCCUGAAAAAAAGGCCUGAUGAGACUGGCAUGUUCUGAUGGGGUGAGGCCCAUCGACUGCCAUUUUGGAACUAGAGAGUGCAAAAGGGAGAGGAGGUUGAUCAGAAACAAACUGGAUUAAGUUUGAAAUCACUACAUGGAAAUAUGGACUUAAUGGAUUGUUCACGGAUCCUGGGCCUUAGCGUAAUAGAGUUGCAGCUUAACUUGAGGAAGUCGGUUGUUUCGUCCAUCCACCAACCUACCCACUGACCCUGAGGACAUCUUGAGACAUUCAUUGCAAUGGACCCAUUUUUUUAUUUUUUUUCGGUUGUGUUUUUUUGGGGGGGGGUGGUUGUUGUUUGGGCCAGAGGAGGGACCUACUGGUGUCCUCAUGCCUCUCCACCACUCUGGGCUUUCUAUGCAAGCCAAAGCUGCUCAUCUCCAUACACUGACAGAAACAGCCCUCCUCUCUGUCUGUUCAGUUUCAGGGGGAGGAACUUUCAAGUUCACAAUGGGGUUUUUUUUUGUGAAAAGUUAUCAUCCGCCUACUUGAGUUUGUUCAGAGAGUAAACAAUAUCCGUGUUAGUUUUUUUUGUUGCUUUUUUUUUUUUGUAUGAGGCUCUUGUGAGUUGUUCAUUCCACGUCUUGGCUUGACUACCCUGUUUCCAUCUCACUCUGACCCAGUAAGGAAACUCCCUUGGCUGUUUGCUGCUGCUUCGAACACUACUGGCCUCCCAGUGGCGUCGGCGGGCGGCAGCUGUGUCGCGGUUUUCCUUUUCCAAAGGGUCAUCCAGUUUACAAAGCAGCACCAAUGCAUCCGCUACGGCUACAGUUCCCAGCUGCUCAGCGAGGGCCCCGCCUUAGAGGGAGAGGACACAUCUGUGCCAGGAGGUAUUUUGGCUCCGAGAGAGAAGAGGAACGGAGGGGGGAGGAGAGGAGUACAGAUGCACCAUUCAGGGGCUCUCCAAGCUCUGUGACCCGGAAAGGGAAGGAGAAAGAUGCACUGAAAGGCCGUCUGGAUUCUUCAGAUGCGGCCUCUGGUUCUAUAGAACCAUCUAUCCAAGCCAUCCAUCCUCACUGGACACUGCAGAGGCUGGAAGAGGAGAGAGGGCCCAUAGAGCCAUCCAUCCAGCUCCUACAGUACAUAUGGCAUUUGUUUUGGCUGUUGUGGGCCCCAAGUGUCAGUUUGUGGACAUGGAAGCUGUCUGGAACCCACAGGACUUUGUAUGUGAACAGUUGGCAACUGUCUGCAAGCCACAAUCUGGCUACUGCUGCUAGUCUCUCACCAAACUGCAUCAUGGGAUGGCCGCAGUCCUCCCUCAUCAGUGGACAUCUAAGAACACAGAGGGAGGCUCUCGCCGGGCACUCUCCAGAGCUGUCGAUGGAUGCUCAGUAGAUAUGGCAGCUGCUGCACUCGCUAUCCCUCUGAUCUAGUGUGUAGUGCUGGAGAGACAGGCAGCUCACUCCUGUAUAUUUAUUAGAGGACUCUUAGUCACGGAGUGCUGUGUUACUGGGAGUUGGCACAUGCCCCUGUACUAUAUUUGGUGAAUGAAAGCAAUUGUGAAAUGGAAUCUCUCCUGCAGGCCCACAUCCCCUCCCAUCAUAUCUCUCUCUCCUUUCCAACUAUCUCUGUCGUGUGUGUGUGUGUGUGUGUGUGUGUGUGUGUGUGUGUGUG